CAGCAUUAUGCAGCCGAUUUACACCUUCAAUCUGCACCAUCCAGUGGUUGCAGGUUGUGUUACCCUUGGAUACUAUGACGGAACGCACCCUUCGUUAACAGCUGCGACAGCUUCAGAUAAAAUAUUCAUCCAUUCGCCUCACAAAAAACUCUCUGGAAGUUCGGGCCGCAUUUGUUCAAGUGAUGCGAGCAAGGAAGUCGUGAUGCUCAACCUGAACCAGACAAUAACCUGCAUCCAAUCUGGUCAGUUGGAUCCAGAGAGCGAGAGGGAUUUUCUGGUUGUUGGCUCGCCAAGAAGCAUUCUCGUUUACGAUGUUGAAAAGAACAUGGACAUUUUUUACAAAGAAGUACCAGAGGGAGUGAAAGUUUUGACCAUCGGGCGUUUAGGAAAAAUGGGGAAGCCUGUUGUAAUCGCCGGUGGGAACUGCACUAUAGUCGGAUUUGAUUUCCAAGGGAACGAAGUUUUUUGGACCAUUACUGGUGAUGUUGUCUGCUCGCUGGCUCUCUUGGAUUUUGACUCGGAUAAUUUUAACGAGUUGAUCGUCGGAUCCACUGACUAUGACAUCCGUGUAUUCAAAGAUGACGAAAUCAUGGGUGAGCUGACCGAAACAGAAGCCGUGACUUCGUUGACGCCUCUGCAAAAAACUUGCUUUGGCUACGGCCUCUCGAACGGCACCAUAGGCGUGUAUGAGAAAUUGCAACGCCUCUGGAGGAUAAAGUCGAAAAAUAAAGCAAUCACUGUGUUCAAUUAUGACAUCGAUGGAGAUGGUUUGGACGAGUUGAUUAUUGGUUGGUCCAAUGGAAAAGUGGACGGCAGGAACUGCAGAACAGGUGAAGUUGUUUUCAAGGACAAUUUUAGUUCGGCCGUUGCGGGAAUCGUGGCCGGUGACUAUCGCCUGAAUGGAGGCAGGGAUUUGAUUUGCUGUUCCGUGACAGGAGAAGUGAGGGGAUAUCAGACUAAUAAGGUCCUGAGAGCGCCGGGCCGCCGAGUGAAUUAUGGCCAUGAUGCAGUCAGGGAAUUAUUCAGUAAAAAACAAAAUUUGCUGCUGGAAUUGUCAAACUACAAAGAGUCGUCUAACCAAGCUGCUGAAGUCGUGAAGGCUAAAAUUCCUAUGCAGACAAAACUGCAAUGUGUAGUUGCUUUGAACGAAAAUGAUUUAGAAAAGCCACAUAUUGAUGUAACUCUGUUCACGAACAACGACACCGUGAUUCGCGCUGUGUUGGUUUUCUGCGAGGGUAUUUUCCAAGGGGAAUCACACGUUUUGCACCCUAGAGACUGGGAGUUAACGCGAAGCGUCACUGUUCCGAUUACGCCUGUCAGCAACAUCCCGGUGGAUUUGCACAUAAAGGCUUUAAUCGGCCAAAUAGACAGCACAAAUUUCCAUCUUUUUGAACUAUCAAGACAACUUCCGAGAUUUGCAAUGCUUCAGCUUUUAAAGGGAAAACACGAGAAACCAAAGAGCAAUUCCACGUUCAUAAUCAAAGAAAGAAUUCAAAGGAUAAUAUUGUGGGUGAACCAAAACUUCCUGCUCCAAACAGAAGUGACACUCGCAGGACUAGAGUUGGAGCUCUUCUUCAAAGCUCUGCCGACUAACGAGCUUGUCGCAUUCUGUGUUGGGAGCGACAAUAAAAUCACAAUUUUUUGCGACAACAUGGGACUUGUCGGAGAAAUCACACAGUCACUUGCGAACUUCCUGAAUGUGAACGACCUUGAGGCCCGAGCCGAAUUUCCAAACGUCGAGGAGAAAAUGAAAAUGUUGAUGCACAACAUGGUCGAGUUGAAUGAAGUGCGACUGCAAUUGAGCACUGACAUGGCAAGUUGCCUAGACUCGAUUCGCUCUCACGUGAUUCGCAUUGAGGACGCCAGAAUCAUUGAGGACGUGGAAGGAGUGCUCAAAUGGACAACGGCGCUCGCCACUUGUAACAGCGACAUACUCAAAUCUUACAAAGUCAGGAAUAACAAUCACGAGGACCUUGUCAAGAGCCUAAAACAAAUCAAUAAAUGCAUCGAACAAUCGUCAAAGCUAAGGGUUGGAAAACCGCAGGCGCGUCUAGUUGAGCUCUGCCGUGCCGCAGUAAAAAACAAUAAUGUGCCUGCUAUACUCAGAAUUUUCAAAACUGGGAUUAAUUGAAAAUGAUGGGAUCAAGGUGAAGCCUUUAAAAUAAGAUUAAAAAAUGUGAAGUUUUUUGUUUAUGAAAUUUGCUUCUUUUUUGUAAGGUUGAAUAAAAUAUGUGGAUU